CGGCCAACAGAGCAUGACGGCCUCCGCAAAGACGGACAACCUGACCAGCGCGUCGGCACGGGCGAAUUCGCGCAAGGCAAGGUCGACCCCGUCCAAGCCGGCAAGCAAGGCGGCCAGACAGGCGGCACUUCUGGUGGUGGCUCCGACAGCAACUCUGGGGGGACCCAGGGCAGUGCUCACCAGGGAGGCGAUGGGCUUCGAAAGGACGGUCAGCCGGAUCAGCGUUUGAAGCAGAACCAGUAG